GUCAAGUGCGGUGACGACGACGACCAGCAUUUCAGUAACACAUCGAUCGAUUGGCACGCUCCGGAAGCCCAAGAUGACCAUAGCCGAGGGUUCGCAAAAGUCCGCGACCAGAAAGCCCGACAACAUGGAGCCCAUUUUGAGGUUGAACAACAUUGAGAAGUCGCUGCAGGACACGCGGGACUACCGAGGAUUGCAGCUGGAGAAUGGUUUGAAGGUCCUGCUGAUCAGCGAUCCCAAAACAGAUGUCUCCGCCGCCGCGCUGUCCGUGCAAGUGGGCCACAUGUCGGAUCCCACAAACCUCCCCGGAUUGGCCCACUUUUGCGAGCACAUGCUCUUCCUGGGCACCGAGAAGUAUCCGCAUGAGAACGGCUACACCACUUACCUCUCGCAGAGCGGUGGAAGCAGCAAUGCCGCCACCUAUCCCCUGAUGACCAAGUACCACUUCCACGUGGCGCCGGACAAGUUGGACGGAGCCCUGGAUCGCUUCGCCCAGUUCUUCAUUGCCCCAUUAUUCACGCCCAGCGCCACUGAGCGGGAAAUCAAUGCGGUAAAUUCCGAGCACGAGAAGAACCUGCCCAGCGAUCUGUGGCGCAUUAAGCAGGUAAACAGGCACUUGGCCAAGCCGGAUCAUGCCUACAGCAAGUUUGGGAGUGGCAACAAGACCACUCUCUCGGAAAUACCCAAGUCCAAGAACAUAGAUGUGCGGGAUGAGCUGCUCAAGUUCCACAAGCAGUGGUAUUCGGCCAACAUAAUGUGCCUGGCUGUAAUUGGAAAAGAAUCGCUGGACGAACUGGAGGGCAUGGUCUUGGAGAAGUUCUCCGAAAUCGAAAACAAGAACGUCGAUGUUCCGAGUUGGCCACGUCAUCCCUACGCCGAGGAGCGCUAUGGCCAGAAGGUGAAGAUAGUGCCCAUCAAAGACAUCCGAUCGCUUACCAUAAGCUUCACCACAGACGAUCUGACGGAGUUCUACAAGUCGGGCCCCGAUAACUACUUGACGCACCUCAUCGGUCACGAGGGCAAGGGAAGCAUUCUAUCCGAACUGCGCCGUUUGGGCUGGUGCAAUGAUCUAAUGGCCGGACAUCAGAACACGCAAAACGGCUUUGGGUUCUUCGACAUUGUGGUCGAUCUCACUCAGGAGGGCCUGGAGCACGUAGACGAUAUUGUUAAGAUCGUUUUCCAGUAUUUGGGAAUGCUGCGCGAGGAGGGUCCCAAGAAGUGGAUCUUUGACGAGUGCGUAAAGCUCAACGAAAUGCGAUUCCGAUUCAAGGAAAAGGAGCAGCCGGAGAGCCUGGUCACGCAUGCCGUUUCGUCCAUGCAGAUAUUCCCCCUGGAGGAGGUACUUAUCGCUCCAUAUCUGAGCAACGAAUGGCGACCGGACUUGAUUAAAAGUUUACUAGAUGAGCUGGUGCCCUCCAAGAGCCGCAUCGUAAUGGUGAGCCAGAGUUUUGAGCAGGACUGCGACCUGGCGGAGCCCUACUACAAAACUAAGUACGGCGUUGAGCGCGUGACCAAGGAUACUGUGCAAUGCUGGGAGAAUUGUGAUCUUAACGAGAACCUCAAGCUGGCACUGCCAAACAGCUUCAUACCCACGAACUUUGACAUUUCCGAGGUUCCAGCCGAUGCUCCCAAACAUCCCACUAUCAUCAUGGAUACGCCCAUUUUGAGGGUGUGGCACAAGCAGGAUAAUCAGUUCAAUAAACCGAAGGCCUGCAUGACAUUCGACAUGUCCAAUCCGAUUGCCUAUCUGGAUCCUUUAAACUGCAAUCUGAACCAUAUGAUGGUGAUGCUGCUGAAGGAUCAGUUGAAUGAGUACUUGUACGAUGCAGAGCUAGCCAGUUUGAAGCUCAGUGUGAUGGGAAAGACGUGCGGCAUCGAUUUUACCAUUCGCGGUUUCAGUGACAAGCAGGUCGUUUUGCUGGAGAAACUCUUAGAUCAUCUGUUUGACUUCAGCAUCGACGAGAAACGAUUCGACAUCCUGAAGGAGGAAUACGUACGUUCACUGAAAAACUUUAAGGCUGAGCAACCCUAUCAGCAUUCCAUCUACUAUUUAGCUCUUUUGUUAACCGAAAACGCCUGGGCGAAUGUGGAGCUCUUGGACGCCAUGGAACUCGUUACCUACGAUCGAGUGUUGAACUUUGCCAAGGAGUUCUUCCAGCGGCUGCACACAGAGUGCUUUAUUUUCGGCAAUGUGACCAAGCAGCAGGCUACGGACAUCGCGGGGCGAGUGAACACCCGACUGGAGGCCACCAAUGCCUCGAAGCUUCCCAUUUUGGCAAGGCAGAUGCUGAAGAAGCGAGAGUACAAGCUGCUUGCAGGCGACAGCUAUUUAUUCGAGAAGGAGAACGAGUUCCACAAAAGCUCCUGCACGCAGCUCUACCUGCAAUGCGGCGCCCAAACGGAUCGCACAAACAUUAUGGUUAAUCUGGUGUCCCAGGUUCUCUCCGAACCCUGCUACGAUUGCCUGCGCACAAAGGAGCAGCUGGGCUACAUUGUGUUUAGUGGAGUGCGUAAGGUGAAUGGAGCGAAUGGCAUUCGCAUCAUUGUGCAGUCCGCCAAGCACCCGUCUUUUGUGGAGGAUCGUAUUGAGAACUUUCUGCAAACUUAUCUGCAAGUAAUUGAGGACAUGCCCUUGGAUGAGUUCGAGCGACACAAGGAGGCUCUGGCCGUGAAGAAGCUGGAGAAGCCGAAGACCAUUUUCCAGCAAUUCAGCCAGUUCUAUGGUGAAAUCGCCAUGCAGACGUAUCACUUUGAGAGGGAAGAGGAUGAGGUGGCGAUACUGCGUAAGAUAAGCAAGGCCGACUUUGUGGAUUACUUCAAGAAAUUCAUCGCAAAGGAUGGCGAGGAGCGACGCGUUCUGUCCGUGCACAUUGUGUCCCAGCAGACCGACGAGAAUGCCUCUGCCGAGGCGGAGCCGCUGGAGAUUACGAACAUGGAGCGACACAAGCCAAUCAACGAUAUAGUGACCUUUAAGGCAUGCAAGGAGCUGUAUCCCAUCGGACUGCCAUUCCUCGACAUCAAGGCCAAGGGAGCACGCAGCAAGCUGUAAAGUGGCAACGGAUUUAUGGACUUCUUUUUAAAUAGCACAUGGUUUUGGUCUCUCUUUGUUUUAAUUGCCGCCCAUCCGGAUAUACAAACGUUGUUCUGUCAUUCACAAAUAUAAAAGAAUCUGAAUAAGAA